AUGGAACGAUUAGCGGAUCUUUCCGGAAUUGUAUAUGUGUUAAUUAAGAUUGAUUAUUAUUGUAAGCUAUUUGAAAAUUACCGUAAUAUAUUCUGUUUACAGUACAACAAACAAUUAGAAGAGACUCAACAACAGCAUGAAUUGAUCCGUAAGCAAAAGAAACGUCAAAAGCGAUUUCCGGCAGAAAAAUCGGAACAAACGGAAUGGUUUCAAUGGCCUGGUUUGUUUUACAAUACUAUUUAA